CAGGCGACAUAAACCUCAUCGUGGAUUAAAGGUCAUAUCUCGGCAACAUGCACAUUUAAACCAAAGCAGCAACAUUUACUUGCUGACACUCUGCGUGAUGAUGGAGAGGGUGCUGUUAUUGUUUGGACUCGUGGCUCUAGCCACUUCUUACGCUAAACCUGUUUCCCCCGAGGUACAUGAGGUGUAUGAGAACGGUGAGGAUGAGAACCCCAUCCUAAACCUGGGUUCAGAUGCCAACCUGUUUGAAGGGGACAUUUUGAUUCCAGAAGGAAGGAAUGCCCUGAUUGACAAAAGAUACAGAUGGAAAUUUCCAAUCCCUUACAUUCUGGGUGAUGAUUUGGACCUGAAUGCCAAGGGCUGCGUCCACCAGGCUUUUGAAAUGUAUCGGCUGAAGUCUUGCAUUGACUUCAAGCCUUACGAGGGAGAGAAGACAUUCAUCAAGUUUGAAAAGAGAGGAGGGUGUUUCUCCAGUGUCGGUGACCAGCAGACUGGUCAGAUUCUGUCUUUGGGUCCAGGCUGUGACCACAAGGCGGUGAUUGAACAUGAACUACUCCACGCUGUGGGAUUUUACCAUGAGCAGUCCCGCACAGACAGGGAUGACUAUGUCGACAUCUGGCUGGAUCAGGUUUCACCAGGACUUGAACACAACUUCAACAAAUACAACGACGACUUCAUCACAGAUCAAAACACGGCGUACGACUACGAGUCCAUUAUGCAUUACAGGCCCUUCUCUUUCAAUAAGAACGAAUCCAUCCCCACUAUCACCACCAAAAUCCCAGAGUUCUACAACAUCAUUGGCCAGUACCUCGACUUCAGCAAGAUGGACAUCCUCAGGCUCAACCGGAUGUACAACUGCUCUGGUCCUCUCACCCUCCUGGAUCAGUGUGUCUUUGAGUAUGCCAGCAUCUGCGGGAUGAUCCAGGCCUCCUCUGAUGAUGCUGACUGGGUCCAUACUAAGAGCAGUGUGGGUGCGGAGGAUCACACACUCCUGGGAAAAUGUAGAGAUGCUGGGUACUUCAUGCACUUCAGUACCAUGACUGGGUCGCCUCAGGAGUCUGCGCUGCUGGAAUCCCGAACCCUGUACCCCAAGAGGAAGCUUCAGUGUCUGCAGUUCUUCUACAAGAUGACUGGAAGCUCCAAAGACAGACUGGUGAUCUGGGUCAAGAUGGAUGAUGGCACAGGCUCCGUUCGUAGAAUGAAGAAAAUACACACCUUUUAUGCGGAUUCUGACCACACAUGGAAGAUUGCCCAUGUCCCAAUGGAAGUAGGGGUGAAAUUCCGCUAUGCUUUCCAAGGUGUGCGCGGCGAUCCCUCUGCAUCCGCCGGUGGCAUCUACAUCGAUGACAUCAGCCUGACCGAGACACGCUGCCCCAACGCCGUGUGGAGGAUCCAGAACUUCUCCAAGAUCAUGGAAACAGCUGAGCGAGACGCAGUUAUUGACAGCCCUCGUUUCUACAGCCCUGAAGGCUACGCUUUUGGUGUCCGCAUCAUUCCUCUGUCGACUUACACUGAUUACACAGGGAACUACACUGGGCUGUACUUCCACCUGGCCAGUGGUGACAGUGAUGUGGUGAUGCAGUGGCCAGCGGUAAACAGACAGGCCACCUUGGUGGUGAUGGACCAAGACCCAGACAUUAAACUGAGGAUGUCCACUGCUCGUAGCCUCACGACUGAUAUGAGGACGACAUCAGAUGGAAAGUUUUUCUGGGACAAUCCCACCAAGGUAGGACAUUUUGAUCCUUCCUGUAAUUGCUUCAGAGGUGGAUCUUGGGGCUGGGGGAACUUUGUCAAGCACUUUGACCUCCGACGGCGUAAUUACCUCAAGAACGAUGAUCUCAUCAUCUUCAUUGACUUUGAGGAUAUAACAUCACUGAUCAAAACAGAAGUUCCCAUUAAGCCAAAGGAGUGAGGUCACACAGGAUUUUAUAUCAUGAUUAACUGGAGAUGCAGCUGGGACGAGAAGAACAACCUGUGAAGAUGAAGAAAGGCUGGAAGAUUAUUGCUGUGACACAAUAUUAGAAUUAUAAACAUAAUUUACAAAACAUAAAAUGCUAUAUUUGGUCUAUAGUCUUCAUAUAGGAGUUCGGUCUAGACCUGGUGCCUGCAUUUGAA